AAGAAUGCAGCGGCCGGUACUGUACACCCCAAGGAUGAAGAAGACAGUCGCAGGUGCAAUGAAGUGGUGGAGGAGUACAGGAGGUACCUUACUUCAAAACCAACCAAGAAGCCUGUGGCAGUCAAACGACGUAGACCUAAGGAGGAGUCUACAACAGAACCAGCUGGAAAAAGGGCGGACACAAAAAGCACGCCCCAGCAAGAAGAAACGUUGGCGAAACGACGGCAGCGGUAAGCCCGUUCAGGAGAGGUGGGUCGAGAUCGAGUCAAAACUCUCUGAACGGGUGGGCGACUACCUGUUUGAAAAUCCGGACAACCCUAUUCCAGGAUUUGACUCCAGUGAGUCCCUGAGGGGUUGCCGGAUUUUCAAAUGUAGAGAUGAGUUCUCUAGGGAAUUCCUCGGCAAGUGCGUAGCCGAGCUCGGCAACGCCUGGGAGGGUUUGAAGUUCAAACUAAUCCCUGCCGAGGAGGUACCUAGGAAACCCAGGGCCCGCAUUUGGCUGCCGAAGAUGGCUAUGGAUAGCGACAAGUUGAUCCGCUUCCUGCAACGGCAGAAUCCAGAAAUACCCAUGAGUGACUGGGUAGUCAUUCGUGCAGAAAAGCCUCUAGAGGGCGCGCAGAGUUCUUCGUACCUUCUGAGGCUUAACGAAGAAAGUAUUGGGCCAUUGCAAAAAAUGGACAACAAGCUGCUCUUCGGGGUGAGAACAGCGAAACUAAAAAUAUUCCGCUCCAAUGAGCCGAUUCCAGAGGCUGAUAUCGAGGAUGCCAACCAGAUGUUGGGCGAUAUGAACCUCAAGGUUACCGCGGACGAAGAGGUCGCUGAAGAUGCCAACCAGGUGCUGGCAGGCACAGGGCCAGUUAACAAUGCCGAGAAAGUCGAUGAAGGUGGUCCAGGCAAAUCUUAGGCACUCUAAGGCUGCCUCGGACAAGCUCCUGGUCUUCCUAAGGGAGGAAGACAUCGACAUCUCGUUGAUACAGGAACCUUGGGUAAGGGACCUAGAGGUUAAGGGACUCACUGACGCCCGCUAUAACCUCUUCUACACUAGUAUAUCAGGUAAACCCCGCGCGUGUGUAUUGGUUAAAAAACAUAUUAAAGCUUUCUUAUGUUCCAAUUUCAGCUCACCGGAUACUACAGUCGUCAACUUGGAGUUGAUGAAUAAACAAAGCUGUCUUAUAUCAUCCGUAUACAUGGCGCACGACAGGCCGUGUCCGCCACAGGAAGUCGUCACUUUACAAAGGCUAGCAGGAGCUAGUCCAGUGUUACUCGGCUGCGAUGCCAAUUCACGGCAUACAUUAUGGGGCAGCUCGGAAACCAACGAAAGAGGUGAGUCGCUAUUUCAAUUUAUUAUUGAUUCUACGUUUAGGAUUUGUAAUAGAGGUAGUACUCCCACCUUCAUAUUUCCUAGUACCCCUGAUUUUUGCGGUUGGGAAGAGGUCCUAGACCUAACUCUGCUGACCGAGGGGAGCCUAAAGGUCAAUAAAUGGAGAGUAUCCGACGAAGAGACCCUCUCGGACCACCGUCGAAUACUCUUUGAGCUAAAUAUUGCGGCGGAUACGCCUACUCCCUUUAGAAACCCUCGUAAAACAGAUUGGGACUUAUUUCAAAAGGUUAUUGGAAAAGAAUUGAAGAAACUACCAGUUGAAGACAUUCCUACAAGGGGCGAGCUGGACGCCAAAGCGGACAGCCUGAAUAAGGCCUUCGGAAAGGCCCUUACGAAGGCUUGUCCGCUGAGGUAUGGCAAGAAAGCGCGCACACCUUGGUGGAAUGAGAACCUUACAGCGCUACGGAAGCAAGUAAGAAAAUCCUUCAACGAAUGCUACAGGAUUAAGGUAUGGGACCUAUACAGAGAGAACCUAAAGAAAUACAAAAAAGCGAUACGGGACGCCAAGGAGGCGUCCUGGAGGGAAUUCUGCGAAUCCAUCGAGGAUACCAAGGAAUCUGCGAGAUUAAGCAAAAUCCUUGCCAAAGGGCACUCACAGCCAACAUAUAUAAAAAGGUCAGAUGGUUCAUGGACCGAGUCGGCUGGGGAGUCGCUGGAUAUCCUUCUGAAUACACAUUUUCCAGGGUGCAAAAUCGAUGUAGUGGAAACCGAUGCCCCAGACCAUAUACCAACCCUCUCCGAAGACCUCUUAGAGGAGCUACUAGAGAGGGAAAAGAUAAAAUUUGCUAUCUUCAGCUUCUCACCCUAUAAAUCACCGGGUAUGGACGGAAUACUACCAGUCAUGCUUCAGAAAGCUUCUGAGAUGGUCAUUCCAGUCCUAGAAACAAUUUUUAGAGGGUGCCUAAUACUGAACCACGUUCCGUUAAGCUGGAGGAAGAUUAAGGUAAUUUUUAUUCCUAAAGCGGGAAAACGGGGUCAUGACAAUGCUAAAGAUUUCCGACCAAUAAGCCUAAUGUCCUUCGUGCUCAAGACGUUUGAGAGGCUGUUGGAUCUGUAUGUUAGGGACAAGACGUCCAAUUUAUCAUGCUCUCAACAUGCGUACUUGAAAGGGAAGUCAACGGAGACUGCCCUACAUGAAGUGGUACGUACAAUUGAGAGUUCGCUCUACUAUAAACAAUUUACAAUGGCGUCCUUUAUAGACAUCGAGGGGGCCUUUAAUAAUGUCAGUGUAGAUUCCAUCCAUGAGGCACUUAUGGAAACAGGGAUUGAUCACUGUGUCCGGGCUUGGAUAGUGUCUCUGCUAAGGAGCAGAGUAAUACAUGCCGAACUGGGGUACCAAAGCAGGGCCGUAUAUGCAGUGAGAGGCACCCCACAGGGAGGAGUGCUAUCACCGUUACUAUGGCUCAUGGUCUUAAACAAACUACUGGUAAAGCUGGACUCUCAGAGAAUCAAAGCGGUGGCUUACGCCGAUGAUGUAGCGAUACUGGUAUCGGGUCAGUUUCCUUCGGUCAUAAGUGAAAUUAUGGAAAGGACUUUAAAGAUAGUAGAUUCCUGGGCCAUAAGCUGUUCUCUUAGCGUAAACCCGGAGAAAACUGACCUUAUGCUUUUCACAAAUAAAACAAAAUUACCAAAUUUUAAUAAACCAAGGUUCCGAGGAACGGAACUGGAUCUGUCAAUGAAGGUGAAAUACCUUGGAGUUAUUUUGGAUCCCAAACUUAACUGGAAACCAAACAUUGAGGAGCGUGCUAGGAAGGCCACGGUGGCUCUCUAUGCGGCCAAGAGAAUGUUGGGCAACAGAUGGGGUUUGAAACCAAGAAUUGUGCACUGGAUGUACACAGCUAUAGUCCGACCCAUAAUCUCUUAUGGGGCGCUGGUCUGGUGGCCAGCCCUUACUAA